AUGUCGUCGGUGUCGAUCGCCACCAAGGUCGCCGACAUGAAGAAGUACGAGAUCGACCCGAGCCAGGAGCUCAUCGCCCUCGGCCUCGCCAACUUCGUCGGCUCCUUCUUCUCCAGCUUUCCCGGUGCGGGAAGUCUGUCGCGAACGAUGGUGAACGCACAGGCCGGGGCGAAUUCGCCGUUGGCGUCGGCGUUUGGCGUGGGGGUGAUCCUGUUGGUCAUCUUCUUCUUCACCCCCAUCUUUUACUUUCUCCCCUACGUCGUGCUCGGCUCCAUCGUCAUCAUGGCCGUCCUGCCCCUCAUCGAAUACCAGGAGUUUUUUACGCUGUGGCGGUUGAAACGGAGGGAGGGCGUGCUGUGGAUCACCACCGUGGCUGCCACGCUGGUCUUCGGAAUCAUCAACGGCAUUGUGAUAUCAGUGGCGUUCUCGAUGGUGCUGGUGAUCUACCGCAGCUCGCGGCCCCACAUCGACAUCCUGGGCCGCCUGCCCGGCUCCACCACCUACCGGAAUGUGAAGCGUUUCCCGCAGGCGUUGGUCAUCCCUCGCAUGGUGAUCCUGCGGCUCGACGCCGCCCUCUACUUUGCCAACAUCGGUUUCCUAAAGGAGCGGCUGCGUAACGAGGAGAAAAAGAAGAUCGCGCCCCUGUCUCGGGCUCCCGGCAAGGACGUCGAGGAGGACACCAAGAAGCUCUACGGCGUGGUGGUGCUGGACUGGAGUUCGAUCAACGACAUCGACUACUCGGCGUGCGUGGAGCUCAUGAGCAUCGUCAAGGAGUACAAGGCCAACAACAUCCUCUUCAUCCAGGCGGCGUUGAAGGGUCCCGUGCGGGAUACGAUGCUGAGCGGGGGGCUGGUGGACCUCAUCGGCAAGGAGAACUUCUACUGGGACGUACACGACGCCGUCGUCUACGGCCAGCGCAUGCUCGAGGCGGCGUAUGGGCGCACCGAUGCGCGCCCGACCGCGUUCGGCGGUGGCGACACGGAGGAGGAGGACUUUGACGUCGACGAGUUUGGUACCGCCGGGAGCGACGAGAGCACCGACGUCGACGACGGCGGCAGCAGCAGCAACUGCAGUGAUGAGGGCGAAGGCGAAGGCGAGGAUGGGCGGAGUGACUGCGGCGCGUGCGAAGACGAGGCGAAAGCCGGCCACGAGGGAAACCAAGAGCGGAGGAGCGCGCGGCGACGUGAUCGGCAUCACCGGCGCCAUCGGAGGAGCACGAGCGGGGGCAGAGACGGAGGGCGACGGCACUCGUCACCCACGCGAGAGGGCGACCUGGAGGCGACGUCGGCGGUGGCGACGCGCGGUGAUGAUGGAGGGGGAGAGGGGGUCGACGAGUGCUACGACUACUCGCCGCGCAUCUUCCACACUCUGGAGACCUCGCCCGACCACCUGCCGCGCAGCUCGGGCCGCACCACGUCGCCACCGCCCGGCCUCCUCCAACGCACGCCCAUCGCCGCCCCGCACCCCGACCAGUCGUCGUGA